UUUCACUAGAUAGAUUAGCGUCAGUCUUGGCAUUCAACGAUAGAGGUGUUACUCUGGGCAAUAUUCGACCUGCAUUCAGUCAUUUUAUUUAAAAACCAAUUUUUUGUUUUCUGAUUGUGCGAGUACCUGUUAUAGGUACAUUUGAAGAAAUUUUGCUACAAUGUCAUCUUUUCGUCAGAUGCAGAAGAUCACGAAGAUAUCGGCCUGCUGUUUGCUGAUAUUCGUGUGUUUAGCAAAGUCCUCUAUCAUUGAUCUUACAUCAGAACAUUCCUUCUUUGCUGCUUUGGAUGAAAGCCAAAAAGUGAAGCUGUAUUGGAAUGUCGACACUGCAAAGAAAGAGAUUUCCUUUACAGUGGAAGCCCAAACAACUGGAUGGGUCGGCUUUGGUAUUUCCACGGGUCAGGGUAAGAUGGAAGGAGCUGAUAUCGUCAUCGGCUGGGUGAAGGAUGGAAAAGCAUACUUCAAGGACCGUCAUGCAACUGGACACUCCCAACCAAAGCUUGACUCCCAGCAGGAUUACGAACUAAUCUCUCUACAAGAGGAAAGCGGCAAGACCGUCAUGAAGUUUAAACGAAAGUUUCAAACUUGCGACCCCGAUGACAAUAAAAUUCAGGAAGGCACAACUAAGCUCAUCUACGCAAUGCACCCAGAUGAUCCUGAAUCUGAAGAUAAUAUUCCAACACAUACCAUGAAGGGAGCAAGAAGUGUGUUUUUACUCAACGCUGGUGAAGACGUGCCUGAGCUACCGGCUAAUACCAAGACGUUUGAUUUCCUUAUGAACAAGACACAUUUGCCACCUAACCGUACAACAUACUAUUACCGCGUUUUCCAGUUUCCAACUCUCCCAGGGAGACGGGACAUCAUUCGGAUAGAACCUGUUAUCCAAGUAGGUAAUGAAGGAGUUGUUCAUCACAUGAUACUUUACCAGUGUGAUCACGAAAACUUCCCACAGAGCAAUCUCAGCUAUGAAGGAGUAAUUGAUUCUCCUGACAUGCCUCCCGCUGUACAAAAGUGUACCGGACCUUCCACUAUUGCCGCCUGGGCGAUUGGAGGCAAGGCCUUUGAUUACCCUGAACAUGUGGGAUUUUCCAUUGGAACAAAUGACAGUCCCAAGAUCGGAGUAAUGGAAAUGCACUACGAUAAUCCUUCACAUAAAACAGACAUCUUAGACAGCUCUGGUUUACGCUUUCAUUACACAAGUCAACUUAGAAAGUACCAAGCUGGUCUUUUGUCUGUUGGGUGGUUUGUGAGUUGGCGUAUGAUCAUUCCACCUCAUCAAGAAAGUUGGGAAACAGAAGGCUAUUGUGUUGAAGAUUGUACAAAAGAGGGCAUCAAAGGAUCAUCUUUACCUGGCGGCGGAAUUAGGAUAUUUGCGUCUGCUCUCCACACUCAUUUGGCUGGCCGCGCAGCGUACACUAGACAUGUCAGGAAUGGUGUCGAACUUCCAGAGAUCAUCAGAGACGAUCACUACGACUUUAACUUUCAGGAAUUUCAAGUUCCAGCUGAGGAAACCACAGUCCUACCGGGAGACUCGUUGAUAACUGGGUGCAAAUAUCAUACAAAGAACUAUCCAGUACUAGGAGGUCUAGGAACGACUGAAGAGAUGUGCUUAUCCUUUCAUUUCUACUAUCCCAAAGUCAACUUGUUUCAGUGUUUAUCAUGUCAAUGUGACGCUGCAGAGAAUUGGUAUAAGUCACACUUCUUGAAGUACCCUGUCAACAAUUCUUGGUGGAACGAUAAGUGGACUACCCCAUUACGCGACGGUUAUCGAGACACCGACGCUAUACGUGCUCACUGCAGUGGUGGUAACGGUAAAGUCCUGCCGGGUCUCCGUUGGAAAACAGUGAGUAAGCCAAAAAUCCACACUCCUUUGAAGGGUGAACCCGAGUGCCAAGAUUUACCUUCGAGCUCUCCCAACAAACUGGCAUCGUGCGGCCUUGUGCUUUUUACACUUCUUUUUGCCGUGCUUUUCUCCUGUAUGAACUGAUUUCGAUACAUGACAAGGAGUUAAAAAACCACAUGUACUCUCAGUUUCCACGGAAAGUAACCGUGUUAUGCACUUUUUAACUGAACAUUUAGCUGAAUAUAUAAAUCGGUGUCAUUGCACAGGAAAUAGAGGCACGAGAAGCUUUCCCAUCCAAUGUAAAGCAUUCUCAAAACACCAUUUAACAAUACAUAACAAGACUUCUGUUUUGCAAUUUAUUUCACCAAUUACAGCACCAAUUGUAUCUAGUCUAAUGUAGGAAGGAUGGAAACAAUUGUAAUCAGUCAUUUGAUCUAUUUGAGAAGAAGGGUAGGAUGCACUGAGCCUAUUUAUCUUAGGCUGAAAAGAAUGCAUAGUGUUUUGUAAUAAUAUGACGAUUAAAUUUAGUGUAGUUAUUAAGGGAAAAAAAUACAGUGGAGACUUGAUUUUU